CGGCUUCUCAAUCGGCCAUUUCGUCGGUCCAGGCCAUCAGCCGUAAAGGGUAGCGGGGAAACACCGUGUGAUUCUGUUCCACCUGAAAGGCACAUCUAGAACAUCGCAACAUGAAUGAGACGGCUAUUUCAUUCGCUAAGGACUUCUUAGCCGGCGGUAUCUCCGCUGCCAUUUCCAAAACAGCCGUUGCCCCAAUCGAGAGAGUCAAGCUUCUCCUUCAGGUCCAACAUGCCAGCAAACAGAUCGCCGUCGACCAGCAGUACAAAGGCAUCAUGGACUGCGUCGUCCGCAUCCCCAAGGAGCAGGGGUUCCUCUCCUUCUGGAGAGGCAACCUUGCCAAUGUCAUCAGAUACUUCCCUACCCAGGCCCUCAACUUCGCCUUCAAAGACAAGUACAAGAAGAUCUUCCUGGACGGCGUCGACAAGCGCACCCAGUUCUGGAGGUACUUCGCCGGUAACCUGGCCUCCGGAGGUGCCGCCGGAGCCACCUCGCUCUGCUUCGUGUACCCCCUCGACUUCGCCCGUACCCGUCUGGCCGCCGACGUGGGGAAAGCGGGAGCCGAGAGGGAGUUCAAGGGCCUGGGCGACUGUCUGGUUAAGAUCACGAAGUCGGAUGGUCUGCGGGGGCUGUACCAGGGCUUCAACGUGUCUGUGCAGGGCAUCAUCAUCUACAGGGCCGCGUACUUUGGCAUCUACGACACAGCUAAGGGCAUGCUUCCAGACCCCAAGAACACCCACAUAUUGGUGAGCUGGAUGAUCGCACAGUCUGUAACGGCUGUUGCCGGCCUGACGUCUUACCCAUUCGAUACUGUCCGUAGACGUAUGAUGAUGCAGUCUGGACGUAAAGGAGCUGACAUCAUGUACACCGGGACCAUCGACUGCUGGCGCAAGAUCGCCCGCGACGAGGGCGGCAAAGCGUUCUUCAAAGGAGCCUGGUCCAACGUGCUCAGGGGCAUGGGUGGCGCCUUCGUGCUGGUGUUGUACGAUGAGCUGAAGAAAGUCAUCUAAUUCCUCAUGUUGUCACGUCACUGUCCAAUUUGGCUAAAUGUAUUAACUUCCCAUUUCUAUGGACUUUGCAUUCUGCCUUAUUUAUGGGAACAACUAGCAUCUCACGAAGUAGCUGUGAGAGGUGGCUGUAUGUUGUGCAUCUAUGAUUUUAAAACGUUCCACACCCUCUCUACCAAUGUCAUUCCAGAUUAUAAAAAAAAAGAUAAAUAUGAAUACCUCCUUGUGUCAUUCACUAGGUUUGUAUGGUCCCGACUUGAAUAAAUCUACCCUGGGGAACAACCUUAAACAUUGCUGUUGCCUGUCCCGUCCGCCGCCGCCGUCACAGCAUGAGCCGAACACUCGCAGGAUAACGAAAGGCACCGAGUGGAUUACACCCGACUGCUAUAUUUACUCACGCUUAUCUCCCUUGAGCUUCUAGAGUAGGAACACCGGAGCGUGUGCUCUUUUUGAACGUGGCACGCCUCCUACAGAGCACAAGACGUCUUAAAAAAAAAAGAAGAAAAAACAUUGGAGGUUUAAAAUAGGAUUGCUUUGUGUUUUUCUAGCAUGUCUUCAGUUAAAAGCUCAUGGCUAAAUUAAUAGGAUUUUAUGCAUAUUAGCUCAGUUUAAAUGUCAAUUAUUUGAAGGAGGAAAAUAUAAAACUUUCAAGAUGGAGAUUUAAGGUGUUUGCUUGGUGCUGUAGGUCUGCUCCUAAUGAUAAAGCGGUGGACUUUUGUGUUUAGGCAGGGAUGGGGAGUGCUGGUAAAGGUUUUUGCGGGUCCAAUCUAAACUUUUUUUUUUUUUUUUUUUUUUGCAGGGAAACAAAAUAAAUGUUAGACAUUCUACAAAGAAAUGGUAUUUUGGGAGCGUAUUUUCAGUUCUAGGCAGAAACAUUUUCCAGUGGUUAUGGAUUUGGUUGAGGACAUGUAGUUUAGCCUGAUUGGCAGCAGGUGGCGCUAGUGGGAAGCAGGAGGAGAAAGGGAGAAAACGUUUGCGGUUUUAGGCUCAGACAAGCUUGAAAACAGCGCCUUCGUUUUUUUUCGUCUUUCUCCACCUUUUUAGUACUGUAAGAGAAAUUUAAAAAGCGACCAAAAACAUUUACCGCCUGUUCUUCGCACAUCCAGUGAAAAACACCUGCUUUUCUGACCGGUUGAUGAAAGUUUAGAUUGUUUGAAAGAGCUGCUAAUAAAAGUGGAUGGAAACGGAACCGUUUAAGUUUUGUCUUGUAAAUAAAUGGAUCUUGAAGCUG